AUGGAUGGAGUGUGGGAUCCGAUCCGGGUGUGUACGAUCAGCAACCCAGAGAACACGACCACCUGCUGUGGGAAGACUCGGACCGGGACGAGAUGCAAAAACCGCAUCUCAAGGGAUUCUCGCUCCAAAGCUGCUCAUCUCCUGCAGCUUUUGGUGCAGCGGCCUCCGGAUGACAACCUCGUCCAGACACUGAGCAAGAUUGCCUGGCUCCUACUAUGCAAAAGAUACCACCAAAGCCAGGAGGACGAACAAGUGAAGCCGCUAGUUGAGCACUGGUGCGACAGUGCUCGCGAUUCAGGCGUCGAGCUUCAAUAUCCGGUCGCUACUUCGGAUCUGACUUCGACGCCAUUGACUCCUAUGGAGGUUGACCCUCCCUCGGCUGAGCCUCAGUCCAUCCAUAUUGAGCAGCUGAGGCAAAGGCCAGGCCAAUUCGAGGUGAUGUCGUCUUCCCAACGGCGGAUCAAGUUUGGGACCGUAAAUGCCGACAACACCCGCACGCCAGUGAUCCUCCGUUCACUGGAGCCGAAGGAUGACAGCGGCAGGAUAAUGUGCAAUAUCUGCUGGCAGGAGUCUGCAGACGAGAUCGCUAAUUUGAAAUGCGAGCACUGUGAGAAUAGCGUGCACUUAGGAUGCAUGGGAGACUGGCUCGAAAAACGCUCAACUCAGAUCAACUUCAACUGCCCAAUAUGCCGCGGGGUUCGCCGGUUUGAUGCUUUUUAUUCCUUCGCUGUGACGACAAGGGAACCAGAGGAUGGAAUUAACGGUGUUGAUGACUCCGUCACUAGCCCAGGGGAGAUCACUUCAGCGGAAGGGGCUCGGGCGCAAGGUCUCCGCCGGUCCGGUAGAUCCAGGAGACGGCCUGACUACUACGGAUAG